UUCACUUAUCAUCGUGACGUAGGUUUUCCCCAAUUUGAGUAGCAUGGUUGUCUCGUGCAAUCUCUCCAAGACUCGAGUCAAGUGCCCAGAACACAUGUCUGCUGAUGAAACAAGUGCACCUGGAUACACUCUCUGCAAACCGAACGACGAAAAGUGCCUGUUCGAACGGAUUGGCACCACAUUCGCCAAGCACAGCAAGGGUAUUCCGGAGGUGAAUCUCGUCUCGUUGGAUCCGUUGAUAAUUGAGAAAAUGGACAUUGUGCAAGGCGACGGCCCAAUCAAUAUCGUGCUUAACUUCAAGAACGUAGAACUGACGGGAUUAUCGCAGAGUGUGAUCAAAAAGGCCAAUGGCUUCACUGCGGACCCAACCAAGAUGGAUCUAGGCAUUUUGGUGCCGGUUGCCUCGCUAAUAGGUGGCUACAAAAUUAACGGCAAGGUGCUGAUUCUGCCCAUCCAGGGUGAAGGACACAGCAACAUGACAAUGGAAAAUUGUCACAUCCAGCUGAAGUGGACCGGCAAGCUGGUUGACCGUGCCAACGGUAAAAAGCACUAUCAGGUGGACAAACUGAAGGCCACCUUCGACACGACUCGCUUCUACAUGCACUUCUCCAACCUGUUCAACGGCGACAAGGCCCUCGGGGAUAACAUGAACCAGUUCCUGAACGACAACUGGCAGGACAUUCUGAAGGAGCUGAAACCGGCCAUCGUGAAUGCCUUCGUGCAAAUAUUCCAGUCGGUUGUGUCGAACGUUUUCAACAAAGUGCCGUACGCUGAGAUGUUUCAGUAAAGUGUGAGUGCGUGUGUGUGUGCGUGACUGUUGUUUGAGAUGAGCG